GGGGAGAUGGAGAGAGCGCCGGACUACAUCAUUCCACCAGCUAGUCAAUGUCUACCACUUUCUCUCACUUUUCCUGACUUUUCGCCUGGCACAUCACUUGAGAGCCUUUGUAACCCGUAACGCUAAUCUUCACACCUUCAUCUUAUUACACACACACACACACACACACACACACACACACACACACACACACACACUCUGCAUCUCAACACACCCAUUCGCAUCCUCCUUACACCUUACACCGUCACUCUCUCUAACUUGGACAGCUUAAUUUCCUGAUUACAUACAUUACAUACAUAUUAAUACUUUGUAACUGGCGCUUUCCUAUCGUGCCUCCGCCUUGACACCAACUUCGCUCCCCCUCAUCCGCCCCCUGCCCGUCCUGACACAACCGUCGCUGUUGCCACUAUACUUCACGUAUUAUCAUGAUACAUGAGAUUUUGGUAGCCCUUUUCGUCCUGCUCCCCCCUAUCUUACUUCCUGCUGCUGCACUCAAUGAAUGUGGCGGCGUAGUGGAUACUCAACAGCAUCACACUGGCGUCAUUACUUCUCCAGGCUAUCCCGACCACUAUCCUGAGGACGCCACAUGCACCUGGAUCCUUCAGGCGCCACUUCAUGAGAAGAUACGCCUAGAAUUUCAUGACUUCGACGUUACUGGAUCAGCUGAUUGUCAUGGAGACUACCUAAGUAUCUCUUCUCGACCAUCAUGGACAAGUAGUAGAGAAAGUGGAGAUGAAGAAGAAACAGAAGAGAAGUACUGUGGUACCCAAGGGCCAGGUGUCUUAACCUCAACAGGAGAUACAUUGGUAGUGACAUUCGCGUCCAAUGCCAAAGGAUCUUGUCGAGGCUUUAAUGCGUCGUACAGCGUGAAGGAAGAAUGGGUGACAUGCGGCUCAGUCACCCAGGCUCAGGAGUUCACCUUCGCUUCGCCUUCUUAUCCCGCCUCGCUGCCCGCCGCUCCCGUGCAGUGCUCCAUCACGGUGGACCACGGCUGCGACUCUCCUAUCUGCCAGAUCAGGUUGGACUUUGACGAAUUCAUGUUGCAACCACCAUAUUGGGGCGAGUGCAAAUACGACCGUUUCUACGCUGAAAGCACCACGCCCCUUCCCUUCCUUUGCGGGGCUAACAAUGGAUCCCACAUGUAUGUGAACGUGGAAGGUCGAAGCAAGACGGAGCUAACCUUCUUGCUUCAGGAGUUGGAAUAUUACCUUUAUAAUUGUUACGACAUCUACGGCAGUACCUCGGAUGAAGAGGCGGGAGAUCAAGAGGAUAAAGGAACAAAACAGGACCCACUCCAAGAAUCGCUAAGGAAAGAGAGAAAAAACUUAAACAUGGGAGGCUCCAAAGGAAGACGCAAUGUCGGCGAUUAUCUGGGCUUCGGACACGAUGAGAAACCUGGCCUCCGAACUAUGAGAAGGAAAGUCCGCCAGGCACCCACCACCACCACUACCACCACAGCCGCCGUCACCACUGCAUCCGUCACCACACCUCCAACCGCCAGCACCACCACCACCACCACCACUUCCACUACCACGGAGGCAGACGUCACGGUGGCUCUGUAUAACUAUAAGGACGCUGAAGUGGUAUCCUUUCCAACCCGGAGGGCGUGGAGGAUUCGCGUCACCCAAAUCCCGUGUGACUGUCCCAAGGCCCGUGUGUCCAAGGCUCCCGUGGGUUGCCUGCAGUACUAUCGCGGCCUUACUGGCGAACUCAAGAGCUUCAACUUUGAUGGUGUUGGCUGCUACUCGGAGGAUCGCUGGUGUGACUUUUCAACCAUCAGCCACGCCUCGGAUUGUGACAUAAGGGUAGGAUACACAGGUCACUACAACAAUCUUGACUACAGCGUGUGUGUGGAGCCAGAGUCAGGAUUUUGUGGCAUUCAGUACCAGCAGAUGGGGCAAAACGGCUUCUCGCUCACCAACGUAACGCACUUCAGGGACGAGGACGCUACUCCGCUGGCCGAGGUGGCGGACGAAGGCUGUAUGUCUGACUACCUGUGGGUGCCGGGAGCAAAGGAUGACCAGGGCAGCGACAGUUAUGAACGAUUCUGUGGCACAAAGCUGGGGAACGCACGCAAGUGGGGCACCGUCACCAGUUACUCGAAGCCCUUUCACGUUCGCCUCGUGACGGAUUCUGAUGAGCAUAGCAUGUUGGCUGAUUACAUGAAUCGCGGCUUCCAUCUCACUUACUCCCAGAUUCCAUGCAAGUUGUCGGGUUAGCUCACGUACUGCUAAGGACAGAGACGGGAAAAAAAAAAACAAGAACAACAAUGUUUUUUUUUUUUCUCACAAAUGUAACAUAUAGAACAAACCAGUUAGCAAAUCAAUGGUUCUUCUAUUCUCUCAAGAAACAAAAUAUAUUUAAACGCAGAAAUAUCUCAGCAACAGACUAGACCAUGUUUAUAGAUACUACGACACAGAACCAAUUUGGAUGUUAUUAGUACAUGCUACAGGAUGAACCUUGGCAAGUUUGUUUACUGUACGAUAUGUGGAAGGAUUUUAUGCUAGCAGUAAUUUGUUUCAAUCUUCUAAUUCAAGUCAUAUGUAACAUGUAGAUAUUAAAUGAUAUAUAAGUUUAUGUCUUUUAUAAAGAUGUGUUGCAGGGCACACUUUAUAGUACCAUAAUAUGUGCGUAUACUGUAUUAGAUAAUGUGUGUUUAUUGUAAUACAGGCGUAAAAGUGUUCAUUUCUCGGAAAGAUUCGUGGCUGAUUCGCCACCACUCGGUUCUAUUAGACAGCAUAAGUUUUUGAAUAAAGGUGUGACUGAAUGAU